AUGGAAUCCGUCAGGGACAACGCGGUUUCGGAAGAAACUGGACCAGCCUGGGUUAAGCGUGCCAGCAUACAAACUUUGCAAGCCAUUGAGGAAGGCAGCAUCCCAGGUUCCGCCUCCGCCACGAGAUUUUAUCAUUUGGAGUACGGAAUAGCGAUGUGUCCGACAAGACGGCAGGUCGAGCAAGACCAGGAUCAUGAUGGAUCCUUACGCGACGCGUUUGUUUCUGCACAGCCUGACUGA